AUGGACCUUGCCAAGGACAUGGCCCUCGAAUGUCCAAGUCCCGAACCUGAUGAUUCAACCGUUUGCACAGGCAUAACACCACCCGAAACAAUCACUGAUAGUUUCGACGCCGUUGGCAAUGCCGAGUUGAGAAUCCCUACGGCACCUGCACCUGGAAAUACCUUUUUCAUACGUUCCGUCGCGUGUGGACGCUUUCUCAAACUAUUUGACGGGAGACUUGUACUAGGCCACGAGGACGGCUGUAGCUCACAUUGGAAUUGCGUCGAAAAGGAUUACUGGCUCGGCUUCAAGAACAUGGCGUCAGGAAAUUACCUAGGUCACUCUGGGGGUCAAAAAGCUGAUCUACGCUGCUCGGUUCCGCAUCACCGCCAACAUGAGUACUUCACUAUUCGCCCAGUUGAGGGAGAGGAUUAUAUCGCUUAUGUUUUACUCACAACUUUUCGGGAGAGACUCUCGUUUGUGAGGAUGGAGGUGGCGAAUGAAGUGGAAAGCUUGGUGACAUCCAACAAUGGCAGUGCUUCUGACGGCAUAGCUUGGGAGUUUCUAAAGGUCUGA